AUGAAGAACACUUUUUUCCAUAAAAUUAAAAGAUUCUUUAAAGGGUAUGUAAAUUCAAAUAAUAAAUUAGUUCUCCUAAUGAGUGGAAACAUCUACCAAAAAGAAUAAUAAAUCCAGGUUAGGCUGAUUUAUCAUUACCAAAUAAUAAAAUAAUCACAAGCAAAUAUACUAUAUUUACUUUUCUUCCUUUAAAUUUGGUUGAAUAAUUUAGCAAAAUGGCAAAUAUUUAUUUCUUAAUCGUUGGAAUAUUGUAGAUGGUUUACGUUAAUAUUAUAAUUAGAUUCCAGCGAUUACAGUAUCUGAUGGUUUACCAACAGAAUAUACUCCUUUAGUAGUAAUAGUAAUAGCGACAGCAAUAAAAGAUCUAUUGGAAGAUUUGCAAAGACACAAAGCAGAUAAAAAAGAGAAUAAUGCAAUUAUAUCAGAAAAAAAAAGUCAAGAAAUAAGAGUAGGUGAAUAUAUAAGAAUUAAUCCAAAUGAGUAGAUACCGGCAGACAUUUUAUUAUUAAAUUAAGAAUGUUAUGUUGAAACAUCCUAGCUAGAUGGUGAAACUGCUCUUAAACCUAAAUAGCCAAUUAAUGAGAAUAUAGAAUAUAUAGAAGCAGCAGGACCAAAUCCAUAUUUAUAUUAAUUUAGUGGUUCAAUUAAUGGAUAAAAGCCAUUAAAUGAACAUAAUUUAUUACUUAGAGGUUCUUGUUUAAAGAGUCUAGAUCCAAUUGAUGGAAUUGUAAUAUAUACUGGUCAUUAGACUAAAAUUCUAUUGAAUUCACAUAAUCCUAGAGGUAAGUCAACUAAAAUGUAAUAAGUUAUGAAUAGAUUAAUUUUAUACUUAUUUAUUGGACAAUGGCUCUUAUGUAUUUUUUGUGCUUCCUAUUUUACAAUAGCAUUAAGUAUUAAAAAGUAAGAUUUAGAUUAUCUUUAUUUAAAUCAACCAUAAGUUACAUCAUUAUUAUAUUUUAGCAAUUUUUGUUAAAAUGUAGGAAAUUGGUUUCUACUUUUUGUUAAUUUUGUACCAAUAAGUUUAAUGUUAACUUUAGAAAUGAUAAGAUUAUUUUAAGCAUAUUUGAUUACCCAAGAUUCAGAAAUGAGUCCAAAUACUAAGGUUUAAUCUUCUAAUUUAAAUGAUGAUCUUGGAUAGAUUAAUCAUAUUUUUUCAGAUAAAACAGGCACAUUAACAGCUAAUUAAAUGACUUUAAGAUCUUAUGUUUUUAAAAACUAAGAAAUUAAUUUAUAAAGAGGAGAUUCUUCAUUAAUUUUAAAUAAGGAGAAUAUAAUUUAUUUACUUUAAUUUAUUUUUUGUAAUGAUAUUAAAAUAAAAAAUGGAAAUGUACUAUCCUCAUCAAGUGAUGAAAUGGCUUUGAUUAAUUAUUUUUUAAAUCAAGGAGUUGAAUUAGCAGAAGAUGACAACAAUUACUUGAUAAAAAUAGAUGAUUAAAUUAAUUAUAGAAUUGAAAAAGUUUAUUUAAUUUAAUUCAGUAGUGAUAGAAAACGAAUGUCAAUUAUUGUUAGAUUUUAAAACUAAUUAUAUUUAUUUUGCAAAGGAGCUGACUCUGUAAUUCUUUCAAGAAUCAAAUAAUCAACAAAUUAUUAAGAAUUCAUAAUAUCUGCUAGUCAGGAAUUUGCUAAUUAAGGUUUGAGAGUAUUAUUAUUCUCAUAUAAAUAAUUAUAAAAUUCUGAAUUUUAAGAGUGGCUGGAAUAAUAUGAAAAAGCAUUGAUUCAACAAGAUGAAAAAAUUUUGGAUAAUCUAUAAAAUUAAUUAGAAAUAAAUCUUAUUCUUUCAGGAGCAAGUGGUGUUGAAGAUAUUCUAAGCGAACAUGUUUAAGAAACAAUUUAAGAACUAUAAUGUGCUAAUAUCCAGAUUUGGAUGAUUACUGGCGAUUCUUAUGCUACUGCAAAAGGAGUUGCAAAAAAAAUAGGACUUAUGAGUUCUAGAUCUAAAUCAAUUUUAGUUGAAAAUUAAAAAUUAUAAUAAAUUGGAACUUAAGUAUUUGAAUCAGAAAAAAAUGCAAAAAAUUAAUACGAAAUUAGUUUAAUAAUUUUAGGCUAAAUUCUUAUCGACUACACAAUAGAAGAUAAAUUAAAUUUAAUAAAAUUAGCCAAAGAAUGUUAAUGUGUGAUUUUUAGUCGUGUUUCUCCUAAACAAAAAAGAGAAAUAGUAGAGUUAUUUUAAAAAUGUUACCCAAGUUUUUGCACUUUAGCAAUAGGAGAUGGUGCAAAUGAUGUUAAUAUGAUAACUGAAGCAAAUGUAGGAAUAGGAGUUUGUGGUAUCGAAGGUUUAUAGGCUGCAAGAGCAUCUGAUUAUGCGAUUCCCAAAUUUAAAUGUCUUUAACAAUUACUUCUAUUUCAUGGUAGAGAAUGUUAUAGAAGAAACACUUAAGUAGUUACCUACAAUUUUUAUAAAAAUGUACUCUAUUUGAUACCAUAAUUUUGGUUUGGUUUAUACAGUCAAUUUUCAGCAUAAUCAAUCUAUGAUUUUUAUGUCUUUCAAUGUUAUAAUUUCAUGUUUACAUCUCUACCUAUUAUAGUUUAUGGAGUAUUUGAUAUUAAAUACAAUGAUAUUAUGCCAAAUAAAUAUAAACUUGGACAAGAAUCUCAUUAUUUGAAUUUCAAAGUGUUUAUUCUGUCAAUGUUAGAAGGAGUUUAUUAAAGUGUUUUAAUUUUUUUCUUUUGUUUCUAUUUUUUAAAUACAACAUCUUCUAAUGGAUUUGAUUAUGGAUUAUUAAUACAAGGAUAGAUAAUAUUUUUAAUAUGCAUUAUUGUGGCUAAUACAAAAAUUAUACUUCUAUCACAUCAGAUCUAAGCAUUGUAGAUAAUAAUACAAAUACUAUCUUAUUUUUCUUAUAUAUGCACUAUAUUGAUAUUCAAUAAUGUAGUGGAAUAUUAACUCUAUGGAGUGCUUUAAGAAAUUUUAUCAUAAGGAAUUAUGUAUAUUAUUGUAUUAUUUGUUUCCUACCUAACUUUAAGUGUUAUCAUAUAUCAAAAGAAGUACGAAUUUUUUAAGUCAUUAGAAAAAGUUUAACAGUCUCAAUCAACAGCAAUAAAUGCAUCACUAAUAACUUUAUGA